AUGUUCUACCGCUAUCCCUACCUCGGCGCGCACUCACCCCUCACUCCGCCUGCGCGCAGCCAUCUCAACCGCUUCGGUAGCCUCGUACGCUGGCAGGCUAGCCAGGCCAUUAAACGACCUGCGCGCAGCACGGCGCGGGGCGCGGUAGUACUCAUCGGCCGACGAGAUGUCGGUGGCGUCGGCGGCGUCGUAACACUACGGCGUAAACUCUACUGUCACCGCCGUCGUCGACGGCAUUUCCAGGGAGCGGCCAUCGAUGCCUUGCUCCUGCGCUGCGAGUUAGCCGAUAUUGUCGCCGGGCUCGGGCUGCAGCUGCAGGAUGAAGUGCAAGUAGACCUUGUCGAGGGUGGGGUUGAUGCCCCGGGCGGCGACCACAACAUCGUAGACUCUGUAGACGGCGCUGAACGAGUUGUUGCCCCCGUGAAGACGGCCGCGAGGGAGAUGAUUUCGUGCAGGAUCUGGGGGUCUGUAUUGGUGGGGACGGGUUUUUAG